GCUCAGUCUGCUUCACUUCUGCGGCUUGCUGCGGCUUCCUCCACAGAGAACUGCGAAGAUGGCGGCGCUUCGGGUCGUGGCGCUCUCCGGGAGUGGGAGAGCUCUCCUCGGAACAGGGAAUACGCUCAAGGCCUCCAAGGCCAACAUGUCGUUCGCCAGCCUGACGGGGAAGAAAAAGGUCGCUCUAACGACGCUGGGCGUGGUGACGGCCGGCGGCGCCGGGCUCGCUCUGAUGCUUCACCAGGCUGUGAAGGCCUCUGAUCUGGAGCUCCACCCUCCAAACUACCCCUGGAGCCACGCCGGACCCCUGUCCUCUCUGGACCACGCCAGUAUCCGCCGUGGCUACCAGGUGUAUAAGCAGGUGUGUUCAGCCUGCCACAGCAUGGAGUACCUGGCCUUCAGAAACCUGGUGGGAGUGUCGCACACGGAGGACGAGGUCAAGACCAUAGCUGAGGAGGUGGAGGUGGUGGACGGUCCUGAUGAGAACGGGGAGAUGUUCACCAGGCCAGGGAAGCUUUCUGACUACUUCCCAAAGCCGUACCCAAACCCUGAAGCCGCCCGCGUCGCCAACAACGGCGCCCUGCCUCCCGACCUCAGCUACAUCGUCAACGCCAGACACGGAGGGGAGGACUACAUCUUCAGCCUGUUGACGGGUUACUGCGACCCCCCCGCUGGAGUCACGGUGAGGGAGGGACUCUACUACAACCCCUACUUCCCCGGGCAGGCCAUCGGCAUGGCGCCGCCCAUUUACAACGAGGUGCUGGAGUACGACGACGGAACCCCGGCCACCAUGAGCCAGGUGGCUAAAGACGUUUGUACUUUCCUGAGGUGGGCGGCCGAGCCGGAGCACGACCAGCGGAAACGCAUGGGACUGAAGCUGCUGAUGGGCGCGGCGAUCCUCGUCCCGCUGCUCUACUACAUGAAGCGCCACAGAUGGUCGGUGCUGAAGAGCAGGAAGAUCGCCUACAGGCCUCCCAAGUAAAGGACAGCGAACACAUCCGCCACCCCAGACCCAGAGAAGGCAGUGGUGCGUUCAAUGGCCCCACAACGCUUGCCCCAGGAUCAUCGUUUGAACACAGUAACUGAUAAACACACGAGGCAUGUUUAGAGGUGGACAACUACGACUAUAUAUAUAUAAUGUUGUGAAAAAAAAGGCCUUUCUUUGCUAACAGGAUGGUAGAAGCAGCUGUGGAGAAAGUUUGAGAUUUGUGGCGUUCUUGAACGCACCCCGCUCAGAGCUUAUUUGGUUGAUAUCUCUUCACAGCGGUUCACGUCUUUGCAUCUUGUUUCGGCCGCUUUAUCGCAGUCGACUGAUAAGUUUAAUUAUUAGCAAUCUGUAAGAUACUCGAUGCUGAUGCUGAUUUGUGGGUUGGCCUCAAGCUUUGCAACAAAUCUGGGUCUGUGUAAAUUCGUCUUCUGCUGUCCUCUUCAGAAAAGUGUGACCUAAACAUGUUUUACUGUACAAAAUAAAUUGUUCUAAAGGAAA